AAAAAAAAACAAUUCCCUGCUUCUAUAUUAUCCUCGCUUAACUUAGCUUCAAAUAAUGCAGUGUUUGGAUAAGCCAGGUAUAAGCUUCUGUGCAAGGACCACUUAUGAGGAGAAUGCUAUUACAAAUGCUGUCGAGAUAUACGAUAGCAUGAGCGGUAGGCUUCAUUUUAUGGCAGCCAAUAAUGAUUGUGGUGUGAGAGAGUAUGACAUGGAGAAAUUUCAGCUUAUGAACUACUUCCGGUUCCCUUGGCCAGUGAAUCAUACUUCAAUGAGCCCAGAUAGCAAGAUUCUUACUGUUGUUGGAGAUGAUCUCACUGGCUUACUUGUUGAUUCCUGCAACGGAAAGACAAUUGGCUCGAUUGUUGGUCAUCUAGACUACUCUUUCGCGUCUGCAUGGCACCCUGAUGGCCGUACUUUUGCUACUGGAAAUCAAGAUAAAACAUGCAGAAUUUGGGACAUGAGAAACCUAUCAGCACCUACAGCAGUGCUGAAGGGAAACAUGGGUGCUGUCCGAUCUGUCCGUUACUCAUCAGAUAGACGGUUUUUAGUGGUGGCUGAACCAGCAGAUUUUGUCCACAUUUACAAUGCUGAAGGAGAGUACAAGAAGCGUCAAGAAAUUGACAUGUUUGGUGAGAUAUCCGGGGUAUCUUUGAGUCCGGAUGACGAGUCCCUUUAUAUCGGAAUCUGGGAUCGAACGUAUGCAAGCUUGCUGCAAUACAACAGAAAGCGUUCUACUGAAUAUGUCGAUAUGUUCACAUAAUACCCUACUGAUGGUUUGUUCGUUCAAAACGGGCCGAUGUACCGGAGUAAUUAGGGUUCCUCAUAAGUGGUGAAAUGAUUAAUUCUGGUUUUACAUGUUGAACUCUAGUGACUUGGCUCAGUUUUUUGGUCUUGGUAUACCAUGUACAGUGUCCUUAAGAAAAGCCUUAUAUGGACAAAGCCUUAUUUCUGGUAAUAUACAGCCUUUCUGCUUGUUUUGUGCUUUCAAAUGAAAAUAACAUGAUGCUCUUCUCUUCAUAA